AUGACAGCUGAAUCGUAUUCAAUCGCGAAGCACUGUUUUUGUUGUGCUUUCGGAUGUUCGUGUUUUGUGUGUGCAACCGUUUCCGGCGCUGGAUGGAGAUGGAGUUGGAGACGAAAGCGUCCAAGGCAGCGAUGGCCAUGAAGUUGAGGCCGCUGGACUACUCUGGAAGAAUCCAUCGGUGAGUGUUAUUGCCGGCUCAUCGAGUUUCUUGCCCAUACUGAAAACGAGUUUCACGGAGAACUGUAACUGUGACGAACUGUUCGUCUAUGCUGGAUCAGGCGAUCACCGCAGUUUCCGGAAGAUCCGGCACCUGCGGGAUGACGGCGGAUCGGUGCUGUCGAAAUUUGAGCUGGAAUCUAAACAAACAGUCGUGUUGGCUAAACUAUACGAUCAGAGAUGAUGGACGCAUGACGACUCGAAAACAGCAACAAUAGAUCAACAUAACUCAAGGAUGAACUUCAUUCAACCUAGAGAGGAUAUCACCAUCAACUUAUUGAACUCAGAUAAGUAAACUUUAUUAUCAUGCUGUAAACUAGAUAAUUUGCGGUUUGUUUUCUUUUUCAGCUUUAAUCCUGAAGAUCACCUCGGACCUGAAACGGUUUUUGAAUCUCGCGAGUGAGCGGUGUCAACUGUGAAGCUUCAAAUCAGCAAAUUAACCAAAUUAAGCAAAAUCGGCUGCUGAAGGCUACUAUCAAACCCGGGUCCAUCCCACCAGACAGUCUCCUGGAUGAGGUGUACAACCAAAAUUUACGCCGUCGGGCCCUACGCUGCACGGGAUGCCUCAUUGAGGUGUGAUUUUAAACAGCUAGAACAAGGUACAUUUCACAACUUAACCAUGCGAGCUACUCAACGAUGGAGGGGCUGAUAAAAGCGAAGAAUUGCAACUUUAACGGAGAGCUGCACCAGUAGUACCAAGUUAGGUGGACAUCAUUUGGCUUACUUGGCCCUGGAUUUCACCCACAUUUGAGCUGCCAAAGAAAGCCAACCCUGAGUUUACCAAUUUUAAUUGACAGAAUCUAUACCAACAAAAAGAGAAAACCAGGCCCGUGAUACUGACGUAGCUUGCUGGCUGAAGCCGCCACCAAAUGUUUGGUGGCGCUGUUUCGGGAUUAACAUUUCAGAGGGUCACAAAUCAAAAUAUAAUAAAUCUUAUUUAAUUUUUUUGGAAAAAAAGUCCUGUUGCUGCUCGAAAUGAUUCUUUUAAUUGAAAUAAACCAAAAAUGCCACCAACAACAAUAUAUGUCUAGCAUCAGUUCUCAGGCAAAGCUUACCAGCAGGUGUCUUUUUAAAAUCAUCUGAAAUGUAUUUCGCAAAUUCUAAUUUGGCCAAUUAACUUACAGAUCAUCAUAAUUUUAAUUUUUAUCUGCAAUUUGAGGCGGUUGAACCAAUAUGUGAGCUCAACUAUGUUGUUGGGAAACCUUAAGAGCGAGUCCACGAACAGGGCAUAGUCCAUUGUUAGGGACGUCGUGGAGCUCACCCACGAGGUGGUCACUCCAAAUAUAUUGCAUUUAUUUCAUAAGUUGAUCCGUAUGUGCAUCCAUAUUCACGUGUAUACACGAUUCCUCUAUGAAUUUUAUUUCAGUGUUUUUACAGCUGUCAUCGCAAACGCGCGCACUGCUGAUUGUUUACAAACAAAAAGAAAUCCCUUAAAUUUUGCUGUUCUCCGGCCACAUUUUUUGGAUUGCAAGGCACGCUAUGUUGAAUUCCGAGGAGUAAUCGGGACGGGAUACCAAGAUCAGUAGAAACUGAUCGAGCUGCUGGACGUGGACCCGCAGGAGACGGAAGACGACCGUGCGGUGGUGGUGUUGGACUACCAGAGGAAGGGCAAGCGCCCCGUCAUCAAGACUACGACACGACAGACGUACUUUUUGCUCGUUCUGGUUGUUCCGGAGAAGCUCAAGCCAGGCGAUGAGAGUGAACAAGGACUCGUACGUCGUACUUCAUCCUGGACACUUCCGGCCGAGUAUGACGCGCGCGUCAAGGCGAUGGAGGUGGACGAACGGCCCACCGAGCACUACUCGGACAUUGGCGGGUUGGACAAGCAAAUCCAGGAACUAAUUGAGGCCGUCGUGCUGCCGAUGACGCACAAGGACAUGUUCAUGAACCUGGGAAUUCAUCCGCCGAAGGGAGUGCUGUACGCUGUCGGCUGGUACCUGUGUGGCGCAAACAAAGUCGACCUUCCUAAAGCUGGCCGACCCGCAGCUGGUGCAGAUGUUCAUCGGAGACAGUGCCAAGCUCGUCCGGAACGCGUUUGCACUAGCCAAGGAAAAGUCGCCGGCGAUUACUUCCUGCACGCGAUUACGCUGCAGACGCAUCUAACUGUUUCAUAUUCAAGUUUUAAAUGUAUUUGA